AUGGCGAUCACUCCUCGAGUCCGUCUUCUUCCAAGACAUGUGUCGUCCUUCAGUCCCUCAUGCAGUUUUCCACUCCCUAGAUAUAGCCAUCAUGUCCGCAAUCUCGCCACUGUUGUCACGCCCGUUACUCAAUCCGAUACCUCAUCCAGCGGACCAACCGCUAUUGUCUUUAUGAACAUGGGUGGUCCCUCUACACUACCAGAGGUCGGACCUUUCCUCUCCCGACUCUUCGCCGACGCAGAUCUCAUUCCUCUGGGACGGUUACAAGGCUAUUUGGGCCCUCUAAUAUCACGGCGGCGAACGCCAAAAAUCGAGAAACAGUAUGCAGCAAUAGGAGGCGGCUCGCCCAUAUUAAAGUGGUCAAAGUAUCAGAGCUCGGAAAUGUGUACAACACUGGAUACAUUGAGUCCGCAAACAGCACCGCAUAAGCCGUACGUGGCGUUUCGAUAUGCUGACCCGUUGACUGAAGAAACGUAUCAGAAAUUGUUGGAUGAUGGAUUUGGAAAGGGAAAAGGAGGCAGAGCAGUGGCAUUUACACAAUACCCACAGUAUUCCUGCAGUACUACAGGGAGUUCUCUGAAUGAAUUGUGGAAAUGGCGGAAGAGGCUAGAGGGGAACGAUCCUGCAGGGGGGAUCAAUUGGAGCGUCAUCGAUCGAUGGCCUGCGCAUCCUGGCUUGGUAGAAGCUUUCGCACGGAAUAUUGAGAAGCAGCUUGCUACUUAUCCACAAGAGAGGAGAAAGGACGUCGUGUUAUUGUUUUCGGCACAUUCGUUGCCCAUGAGCGUCGUGAACAGAGGAGACACUUACCCAGCAGAAGUUGGAGCUACAGUGUACGCCGUGAUGCAACGCCUUGGAUUGAGCAAUCCUUAUAGGCUUUGCUGGCAGUCACAAGUAGGCCCUUCGGCUUGGCUAGGUGCUCAGACCGAUCAAACGGUCAAAGAAUAUGUAAAGAAGGGUCAGACCGAUUUAGUGUUGAUACCCAUUGCUUUCACAAGCGAUCACAUUGAGACGCUUUACGAGUUGGAUCAGGAGGUCAUUCAUGACGCAGGGCAUCCAGGUGUGACGAGAAUAGAGAGCUUGAAUGGGAGUCAAGUGUUUAUUGAGGCUUUGGCAGACGUUGCACACAAGCAUCUCGCUUCCGGCGAGAGUUGUAGUCGGCAAUUAGGCUUGAGAUGUCAAGGAUGCGUCAGUGAAAGGUGCUUGGAACAGAAGAAGUUUUUCCUUAGGCAACAAAUUUUGCUUCCUGCGAAUCCCUUAUAG